AUGGCCCCGUACCGGGCGAGGCUCCGCUGGUUCCAGAUGCCCCUCUCCUCAGCCUGCGUCCCCCGCUCGGGGCUCUUCAGCUACAAAUUCCAGGACAGCCUCCAGCGCUACCGGCGGCUCCGCGCCGCGAAGCGCCUGCGGGUGGGCUGCGCCAUCGCCCCGCCGCCCCCCAGUCUGCUGCAGCCCCCCGGGCCCUCGCCCCCUGCCAGCCCCCCCCGGGCCUCCCGCCGCCCGCGGGGCGCCGCCUGGGUGCAAGCCCCCCGGCGCCCCAGGGUCUGCCUCGGCAGCCGCAAGUGGAGGAGCAGAAGGCAGCAGCCUGCUGGCACCGCUCGGCCCCGUGCCAAGGGGCAGGAUGUGCCCAGCCGGCGCCCUCGCCCACGCCAGGCAGCGCUGGGCGGUGCCAGGCACAUCCCAGUGGUGGCUGCAGGGUCCUCGAGGGGUGGCACCGACCGUGAGCGGAGCAGCACAGCCGGGACAGUGCCACAGCAGGCAGGCAGGAGCCACAGGGGGCACCAGGCUGUGUGCCCCCAGCAGGAGCCUCUUGUCAACAGCCUGGAUUCACUGCUCUGGGAGAAGAGGGAUUUCCUGGCUCACUUCUCCACGCACAGCAGCUCCAUGCCCACCCUGCACCCCGGGGAGCCAAUCUUCUGUGCCCAGCCUGUGCCGGUGCCCACCCUCGAUGCCCGCAGGCUGCAGCCUCAGAGCCCCCUGGAGAGGCUCUUCCUCUGGUCAUCACCCUCGUGCCAGGCAGCUCUGGUCCACGCUGGAGGCCUCAGGCUGCUCUACCACUCGGUGCCCACCUGCCCGGUGCCAGUCCUGCGCUGGCUCUUCCAGCUGCUGACCCUCUGCCCACCACUCCCAAACGCUCUGCAGGCACUCUGCGACCUCUGGCUUGGCACUGAGGGUGAGCAGCCCUGGUGCCCCACGCUGCAGGAGAUCACCCAGGCUGUCUCCCAGCUCGGUGCCAACCUGAGCCCCCUGCUCCACCGGCACCUGCUGCCCCCCGAGCUGUGCCCUGCCAGCACCAGGGACCUGGACCCAUCCUGCUCCCCUAGACAGGCCGAUGCCAACAGCAGCCUGGCCCUGGUGGCACAGCUGGGUGACGUCUGCCAGUUCCUGGCACUGUGUGUGGUCACCCAGCCCUGCAGCUACAGCGAUGGUGCCCGCCUGGCACUCCUCACCCUCUUCUCCUUCCUCGGCCUCGCCCGGGCACUGCGCUGCCAACCCCUGCCCCAGCUGCAGCACCUCCUCCACUGCCUCCUGGAGGGCAUCAGGGACUGGCAGGAGCAGCUGCCUGCCCUGUGCCAGGCCCUGUGCCAGCUCUCGCGGCACCACCACAACCUGGUUGCCUUGGUCCAGCUGCUGCCAGACCUCACGAGCAGGGGCAGGGAGCUGCGCCAGCUCUUGAGCCUCCACGCCGUGGCCGGGCUGCUGGGAGAGCCCCCGGGCAGCGUGCCGCCCCCCGGGGCAGGGGCAGAGGUGGGUGCAGCCGGCUGCAGCUGCUGUGCCGGCUCCUGGCCUUGGCGCAGCCGGAUGCCCUGCGGCGCCUGGAGCCGGCCCAGGACGCCGAGUUGGAGGUGGGUGCCCCCUUUGCCCCCCACUUUGUGGGCACCCUCCAGCGUGCCCGCAGCCCUCCGGGCGAGCCCCUGUGCCCGCUGCUGCCCGCAGGUCUGUUACUUGAGCCGCAGCCUCCUCCUCCUCGCCAGCGCCGUGGUGGGCACCGAGUGCCCGGCAGCCGAGCAGAGGGGUGCCCUGCAGCAGCUGUGUGCCCGGCUGGAGCGGCACUUCAGGAGUGGGCGGCGCAGGGGCACCCAGCUCUGCGGUGCCCAGCUGGAGAGCUUGGUCACCCUGCUGUUGGUCAGGUGGCAGGAGAUGCUGGCAUAG